AUGGAUACUGCUGCCACCCCCGCAACCGCGCCUUAUGACCGUGUGAGGGUCAACAUGGAGAGGGAAGAGGUUUUCCUGGAGCGCUCGGCCUUGCCCCUGGACCCCCGCCUCAUAAGUACCAUCACGGGAGGUGUGGAGGCCUCCUGCCGAGACUGCCUGCUUCCCUUUGGGCUGCUGAUGAGCAUCAUCGGCCUGGCAGCCACUGGUGUGGCUGGUGCCCGUGACCCUCCUGGCUCUGUGUUGUCUGUCCUGGGGUGGGUCUUGCUAGGGUCCGGGGUCUUGGGGGUGGCCGUCAGCUGCUUGUGGCAGCAGUACAGGAGCCGGAAGAGGUGUGGCAGCUGGACUCUACUGAUGGAGCCAGAAGCAAAGAAAGCGGUCAUAUGA